AUGAAGACCGCCGUCUUCGUGACCCUUUCCGCUGCCGCUCUGGCUUCGGCCCACGAGGCCCGCGCCCCGCUUGACCUCAGCCUUGAUAUUGGCGACCUCGUCAACGUCGACGUCUGCGUGGGCCUUGACCUCAAGCUGCCUCUGGGCAUCAGCCUCGAGUCCGAUGGCUGCCCCAGCCACGAGCCCCCGGAGGGCUAUGUCAACAUCUGGCACCCUGCCCACGACGUCCCCAUCGACGACUGCGACCAGACCGACGAGGGGGGCUGGCACUACGUCCGCCCUUGCGGCUGCGGCGAGCACAAGCACGUCUGGACCACCAGCACCGUCACCCAGACCCAUGUGAGCACGAUUUACGACUGCCCUCCCGCGGUGACCAACUGCCCUGCCCGCAAGACCACCCUCACUGUCGGUGCCACUACCACCGUCUGCCCGGUCCCCGCCUCGAGCACCCCCGUGGCCACCAGCACUCCCGUCGCCACCAUCUCGACCUCCACCGUCCAGAAUGUUCCCACCACCCAGGCUCCUCCCGCCACCCAGCCUCCGGCCAGCCAGCCCCCUGCUACCCAGCCUCCGGCUACUCAGGCGCCUCCUACCACCCAGGCUCCUCCUGCUCCCACCACGCCCGCUGUGGAGGUUCCCCCGGCCACCAACGUUCCUCCCACUCAGGUCAACACUCCUGUCGGCACUGGCUCCUACUCUAUGCCCGCCCCCGUCGGCACCGCCCCCGGUGUCCCCGGCGGUAACAACACUGUCCCCCCCGUCAUCGCUGGAGCCUCCACCAACGGCCAGGUCGGCGUCCUCGCCGCCGUCGGUCUCGUCGCGGCCUUCUUCCUUUAA